AUGCAGAGCUUCGCAAGCCGCCCGACGCCGUCGGGGCAGCAUUCUGUCCGAUCACGCGAUGGCUGCCUCACCUGCAAACGCCGCAAGGUCAAGUGCGACGAGUCACGCCCCCGCUGCGCUCACUGCGAGCGCCUCAACAUGGAAUGCAAAUGGCCGCCACCCUCCAGCUCGGGCCGGCAGCGACGAGGCAUGCCGGCCAGGACACCAUCUUCACGAACCACUGCAUCAUUUUCCCACAUCCCUGGAGCAAGGGGCAGAGGUGCAGAGGAAAGGCCGCAAGCGAAGGCCAGGGCCGAUCAAGAGCUCCAGACAGAGAUGUCCCAAACACCGGUCCAGAUGGAGGACGGAAAUGAAGACACCGUCCAGGAUACUGUGCCUAUGCAAGCCCGCUAUGCCAUGGAUCAGAUAUUCGACUAUGCAAGCUUCAUGUGGGACAGCGGAGACGUCUGGCAGAGUCAGCUGCAGCCUCCUGUGCUUCCAAACCCGGGCCAGGAGCAGAUGCUUGCAAAUGUCAGUCCCCGUCUUACCUUUGUCCCCAACGACCUGUCUGCCACGAUGCCAAAUCCCGAACAAAACCAGGUACAAUUCCACACAAGCCCGCUGUCGUCCUCGGCUUACGACCACAGCUCUGUCAACGAGUCGGAUCCUGGGCAGACACUUACCAUCAACGAGCAGCAGCCACCGGCAGAGAACCAUCGCCUCAUCGACUACUUCAUCCAGACCGUGACGCCCCCCAUCCUGGUCGAGAUAGAGACACCAAAGAAAUGGGUUGCCAUGCGACGAAUCUUGGUCAAGAUGGCCGGUGCCUCGCGAAUGGUUAGAUGGGCACUCCUGUCAUUCUCAGCUCAGCUUCUGCGGAAGCGGGACGGCGACUGGCUCACUACGGAGCACAACACACAUUAUGAUAAUGCUGUCGCCGAAGUCAUAGCGGGCAUCGCCGGGAGGCCGGACAAUGAUAAGCCUGCACCUGAUGGCAGCAAUGAACCAGGGAUCAUGCCACUUUCCCAGCACAGCGCACACCGCGAGAAUAUCCUCGCUGCAAUCUUCUUCCUGAGUUAUGUCGAUAUACUUGAAGGGAGGAACGAAGCAGCACAUGCACAUCUCAAACGAGCCUACCAGAUCUUCCAGCAGGCCCAAGACGGAAGUCUUGUGACUGUCGAAAAGCAACUGCUGCUGUGGCUGCGACUGCUUGACGCGCGUGUGGCGUCUGCUGGUGGUGAGGGACUGUUCCUAUCAAAAGACACGGAGUCACUUUUGGUUCAUGCGUCACCAGCCAGCCUUGGUGACAGCAUGGCUCCUGGCGCCUCAGCCGAUGAUGAGCAAACUGGGUCCGAGGGAGACAUGGAGGAUGUUUUGUUCCAGGUGCUGUACCAGCCAGGCAUCAUUUUCUUUCAGAAAGUCCAGAGCUUCAUGGGCCGCAUCUCCAACAUCGACCCGUGGCACCGCUCGCGAGGUUCAGUCGAGGACGAGAUAGAGGUCAUGAACAUCGGGAAGACCAUCAGCGCCGAUCUCCACGCCCUCUAUGAGCAGCGGCCUCUCCUUAUGGAUCAUGCCGUUGCUGGCCGACUGACUGCGCCCUAUGUCACGGCCCAUCUCGCUACCGUUGUGACACGAGCAUUCCGCACAUAUAUGUCCAACUACUAUGCCAGCAUGGUACACUUACAUCGUGUAGCAUACAAGACAUUUCCGCUGACCAAAGACGCAGCUGAGGCGGUGGACGGGAUUCGACACCUGGCCAAGCUCAUCGGCGAGGGCUUGGAUCAGGAGGACGCCAUGCCAGUCAGCAUGCUUUGGCCGCUACUGAUGCUAGGCUCCGAAGAACAAGAUCUGGAAGAACGAGCUUGGAUCAAGGCACAGAUCUUGAGAAUGGAAAAAGUGGCUGGGAAUGCCCGCAUUACAGCGCAGGUAUUGGAAGAGGUGCAACGACGCCAGGAUGCGGCCAAAGCAAGGGUCGAUAUCCGUUCGGUCAUGCACGCCAUUUUCAAUUCGAGCUUCGCAAUUGUGUAAAACGACUGCGUGCGGCUAGUGAAAGUAGCCAGGCCAGAAAAUUUGAUAGAUGACCAAGCUCUAUUUUGACAUCAUAUACAGGUAGCAUUGACUAUUUCAUCAUGUGCUUGUUGACCGG